CGCGGCGCUGCAGCGAUGUUUCCGCUUUGAGUGGAGAAGGGGAGGGAGAGAGGGAAUUGGAGACGCAGCGGGACGCCGAGUCAGAAAAGCUUAUACGGACACCCCACAAACGCUUACGCCAAAACAGAAAAAACUUUCAACCUUCACAACCCACGACGGUGGCAGCCUAGACACCAGCCAUGGAGGAUGCGGUGAAUAACGCUCUGUAAAAUGUGAGCUGUAAAAGAGACGUGCUGCAAAAACGAGCGAGAGCGGUUCUCCCCUCAUCUUUCACGGGUGAUCUCGACUCGGGUGCUGCGUCCCCUCCGUUUCACUCGCACCGGGGGAAAAUGAAGAAGUUUAAUAUCCGCAAGGUGCUGGACGGUUUGUCGUCCGUUUCGUCUCCCUCUCAGUCCCCACAGCCCGGGGCAAAGGAGAACGAUCUCAUCCCGGAGACGAUCCAGUCUGAACACUUUCAGCUCUGUAAGACGGUGCGCCAUGGCUUUCCCUACCAACCGUCCUCUAUGGCAUUCGACCCCGUUCAGAAAAUCCUGGCCAUUGGGACUCAGAACGGAGCUUUACGAUUAUUUGGCCGGCCCGGUGUGGAGUGUUACUGUCAGCAUGAGAGCGGAGCAGCCGUCAUCCAUCUACAGUUUCUCAUAAAUGAGGGGGCGCUGGUGAGUGCUUUGGCCGAUGAUACUGUUCACCUGUGGAACCUGCGACAGAAGAGACCAGCAGUGCUACACUCACUCAAGUUCAACAAGGAGAGGAUAACAUUCUGUCAUCUGCCCUUCCAAAGUAAAUGGUUGUAUAUCGGCUCGGAACGAGGAAACAUCCACAUUGUGAAUGUGGAGUCCUUUACCCUCUCAGGAUAUACCAUCAUGUGGAACAAAGCCAUUGAACUGUCCUCCAAGGCCCACCCUGGCCCAGUGGUUCACAUCAGUGACAAUCCUAUGGAUGAGGGCAAGCUCAUAAUAGGAUUUGAGUCUGGGAUCGUAGUGCUGUGGGAUUUGAAAUCAAAAAGAGCUGAAUACCGCUACACUUACGAUGAGGCGAUUCAUUCUGUGGCCUGGCAUCACGAUGGAAAGCAGUUUAUCUGUAGUCACUCAGACGGCACACUGACCAUAUGGAAUAUAAAGUCCUCAGUCAAGCCCGCACAGACAAUCACGCCACACGGAAAGCAGCCUAAAGACGGAAAAAAGCCAGAACCUUGCAAACCCAUUCUUAAAGUAGAAUAUAAGACCACAAGAGCAGGGGAUCCAUUUAUGAUAUUCUCUGGUGGUUUGUCGUAUGACACCGUGGGCCGACGGCCGUGUUUGACAGUAAUGCACGGGAAGAGCACGGCGGUGUUGGAGAUGGACUAUCCCAUUGUAGAUUUUCUCACCCUCUGUGAAACGCCAUAUUCUAACGAUUUUCAGGAACCGUACGCUGUGGUGGUUCUUCUGGAGAAGGAUUUAGUUGUCAUUGACCUUGCACAAAAUGGUUACCCCAUCUUUGAAAAUCCGUAUCCCAUGAUGAUUCACGAGUCCCCUGUGACGUGCUGUGAGUACUUAGCCGAUUGUCCUGUGGACCUCAUACCUGCACUUUAUUCUGUCGGGUCUCGCCAGAAACGACAGGGCUACAGCAAAAAGGAAUGGCCUAUCAGUGGGGGAAACUGGGGCUUGGGCACACAAAGCUACCCUGAAAUAAUAAUAACUGGCCAUGCAGAUGGUUCAGUCAAGUUCUGGGAUGCCUCAGCAAUAAUGCUCCAGGUGCUGUACAAACUAAAAACAGCCAAGGUGUUCGAGAAGGUGCGCUGUAAAGAGGACAAACCCAACACGGAGAUCGUGGACGAGGACCCGUUCGCCAUUCAGUUGAUGUCUUGGUGUCCCGAGAGCCGUGUGCUUUGUGUCGCCGGCGUCUCUGCCCAUAUUAUUAUAUACAGGUUCAGCAAACAGGAAAUCACAACAGAGGUUGUGCAGUUAUUGGAGGUCAGGUUACAGUGCGAUGUAAAUGAUCUGGAGUCCCCAGACGGGGGUGGAGAUCAGACACCAGCUCCUCCCACUCCAAUCACCUCCCCCAGUCCACAAAACCCCACCCCUCAGACACACCCUUCAACUAGCAGCAACUCGUCGGAUGGGAUGAGAGACAAUAUACCCUGCUUGAAGGUGCGCAGCAGUCCUUUGAAACAGUCUUCUGGGUAUCAGGUGGAGCUAGUGGUACAGCUGGUGUGGGUCAGUGGAGAGCCGCCCCAGCAGAUCAGCAGCCUGGCCAUCAACUCCUGCUACGGCCUGGUGGUGUUUGGUAAUAGUAAUGGUUUGGCAGUAGUGGAUUACUUACAGAAGACGGUUCUGUUGAAUAUGGGUACUGUGGAAUUGUAUGGCAGUGAUCCAUAUCAGAGACAACCACGAUCUCCCCGCAAGAGCCGACAACCUUCAGGAGGGCUGUGUGACAUUAAUGAAGGCUCUGCCACCUCAGAAGACCGCUGUAAAUCCCCCACCUCAGUCUUGAUGUCAAACCAUCAGCAUUUCUACAAUGGAGGAGGGAGAGGAGCAAAGAUGUCACGGAAAUUAAGCUUGCCUACUGAGCUAAAGCCAGACUUGGUCCUACUCUCUGUAUGUCCACCGCGGACUGCCAUACCUCUAGACAACAGGGACAACUCCUUCAGCCGCUCACGGAGCUCCAGCGUCACCAGUAUCGACAAGGAGUCACGGGAGGCCAUCACGUCUUUUUAUUUCUGCGAGACAUACACACGCAAAGCUGAUGGCGGGCAUACGCCAAGUUUGUGGGUUGGCACCUCUUUGGGCACACUGCUGGCCAUCUCUCUCAACAUGCCCCCUGCUGGAGAGCAGAGACUUCUGCAACCAGUCAUCGUCUCCCCUAGUGGCACUUUUAUCAGGUUGAAGGGAAGCAUCAUUCGAAUGGCCUUCCUGGAUUCUACAGGGUCUUUCGCCCCUCCUGCGUUCGAGCCAUGGUGUGAACCCAACGCCCCAGCCAAUGGAGAGGAGCGGGACAAGGUUCGUAAGAGACGGCCGGUGUCCGUAUCCCCAUCCACAUCCCAGGAGCUGAAUGAAAACCAGUACGCUGUGGUGUGCUCGGAGAAACAGGCCAAAGUGUUUAGCCUGCCCUCCCAGACCUGCGCUUUUAAACACAACAUCACCGAAACGUCCUUUGUACUGCGGGCGGAUGUGGUACAGAUAAACGCUGGCAUUUGUCUGGCCUGCUUUUGUGCCAACGGACACAUCAUGACCCUCAGUCUGCCAGGGUUGAGACCAUUGCUGGAUGUAAAUUACCUGCCCCUGACAGACAUGCGGAUAGCGAGAACGUUCUGUUUCACGAACCUCGGCCAGGCCUUGUACCUGACCUCUCCUACUGAGAUCCAGAGAAUCACAUACAGCCAGGAGGUCUGCGAGAACCUGCAGGAGAUGCUGGGCGAGUUGUUCACUCCAGUGGAGACGCCCGAAGCUCCUAACAGGGGAUUCUUUAAGGGUCUCUUCGGCGGAGGAGCACAGUCUCUAGACAGAGAGGAACUCUUUGGGGAAACAGGCGCCGGAAAAGCACCACGCAGUCUCGCUCAGCACAUUCCUGGUCCUGGGGGUAUAGAAGGCAUGAAGGGGGCAGCGUCUGGCAUCGUGGGUGAUCUCGCUCGAGCUCGUUUAGCGUUGGAUGAGAGAGGACAGAAACUGGGCGAGGCGGAAGAGAGAACGGCAGCCAUGAUGGCCAGCGCUGACUCAUUCUCCAAACACGCUCAUGAGAUGAUGCUGAAGUGUAAGGAUAAGAAAUGGUACCAGUUCUGAUCUCCGGACAACAGCAGAGCCCAGCGGGACUCAGGAGUUGUCUUACACAGCCUUGUUCAUCUCUAAUCCGUGUCCCAUUCCCUCUCUUCAUCUCUCCUCUGCUGGACCAGUGGGAUCCCUCGCUCUAUCCUAGCACAAUACUAAAUACGGUCUGCUCACAGAACUGAGGCACAGACUGAGAGCGGCCCCAGUUUGAGGAAUAUCAUACCAUGACAAGUGUCCACUCUUCGGUUUUUGUUCGUUCGUUGAAUAUCGCCUAUCCUCUCUCAUGGCGGCUGGGCUUGGCAGGCCUAGAAAUUCUAUUUCUUCUCUCAGUCCUUGAAUUGUUUUUGUGCUAUUGUUUUUUGCAAUCAUGUUCUGCCUCGUACGUUGGAGAGCAGUGCAUAGUCAAAAAAGACAAAUAAACGAAAUAAACAAAAAAAAUCUCCAGAUAAAAAAGUGAAAAAUAAUAUAUAUACUACAUAAUUCUAUAUAAAUCCAUUAAAGUCUGUAUAAUUGCCAUAUUUGCUAUUGACUGUCAAAAGGAGCUUAAAUAUGAAGACACUGGGCGAAGCAUGGGAAGAGCUCUGUUCAUAAGAAACGCUGUAACCGGGAAGAGAACAAUCUCCUUACUCCUAAAAUUUACUUGGUAUAUUUAUGUAAAUUGACCUUUUCCUAAAUGAUCCCAUUUGGUUUCAUUCCUAUUUAAAUAUUUUAUUUAUUUGUUUAUUUAUUGUUUUUUAGCAAAUCACUUUAUCUUAAAAUGAUUUUUGAGUCAUAUUUUUAAUUAUUGGGAAUACUAUAAUGCUUUACAUUAAAGUACCAUCUCAAGAGGGUUUUUAAAUGGCUGAGAGAUAAGCCAGAGAUAGAAUUGAAGCAUCUGUAUGUAAAAUAUUCAUUGUGAAUUAACUAUUUAGAAAUGCAAGCAUGACUUAAUUGAUGGUAUUUUCAUGUGAAACAUUAUACAGAUCUUUCUAUAAAAAUCAGUACAGCAAAUACCAGGUCUGGACAGAGUUGGAAAAUAUAAAGAGUUUGUUCACCCAAAAACUUUUAAUGUGGUACACAGCCUGUAUGGCUUUCUUUGUUCUUUGGAACCAUAUAAAAAUAAAAUCAUUCAAUGUGAUUUGUGCUGUGUAUUCCAAGCGUUAUGAUGUCAUACGAAUGGGCGUAUCAUUCUUAAAGCAGUUUAGGAUAUUUACUUGUAAAUAAUGCAUAACAACUGGAACAGGGAUCAGUGAUAUUCACAACACGAGUAGAAUCUCAUUGAUUGAGUAGAUUCUCACACAGAGAAGAGAAAAAUAUUUUUUUAUCUCAAUUUUGAUUCCAAAGAACAAAAGAAAGCGAUGUGGAGUUUGAAUGACACAAUGGUUAGCAAUUACUGACUGAAGCUUCCUUUUUAAGUGAACCAACUCGUGUUCGCUGAUAGGUAACCAAUGAAUAAAAAUGAUAUCAUAAAUUACUCACCCUCCAGACGUUCCACAAUCGUAAGACCUUCGCUCACCUUUGAAACACAAAUUAUUAUUACAGUCCCAGUGAAAUAGAAAAUACAAUACCUAUUUUUUUUAUGAAAUAUUGCAGCGUUCAUUGUAAAUAGUUUAUAGAUGUGGGCCAUUCUCUCUUUAAAAUUUGUGUGCCCUCAUAAUCUUUAGUUCAAAUCUGAAAAUGCACUUCCUUUAUGUAAGGACUGGCCAUCUUAAAUGAUGCAUGUUAGACGGCUCGGGCGGUGCUUCCUUUAACUCCUCCCCUUCAACUGUCUGCUGCCAGUUUCAUUUCAAAAUGCAUCCAAUCAAAUCGCAGAGAAGGACGAAAGCCAUGCCCAAUUUUCUUCUCAUAAUAAAUUCCAUUUCUCUCGGAAAUGCGUCAAAAUAUGGAAGUAAAAACGAUGGCACUUCAGGUUAAUGGGGACUUUAAUAUUGAAGUUUUUAGGUUUUGAUGAUGUCUGUGAGCUUUCUGACAACCCCAUGCAUGGCAACACAACAUGCACUCAUCGGGCAGAAAGUUUAGUAAAGAUAAAAUUGUCCUAAAAAUUGAGAGGAAAUUAAUUGAAUAAAAUAUUUAUUUUUGGUUUAUUUUUUGCGGCCAAAAAGUAUUUUCUUAAAUUUGAAGGAGCAAUGUGAAGAUUUUAGUGGCAUCUAGAUGUGAGGUUGCGAAUUGCAACCAAUGCCUCACUCCACCGCUCCCUUUCUAAGCUCUACGACAUGCUUCUUUGCCGAAGGAGAUAACGUAUUGUUAUGUAUAUUAUAUUGCAUAUCUGUCAAUAGACCCUCCAAAUAAAUACUCAUAAGCAAAUAUAUAGUAUAAUGCAAUGUCAGUCACUUUGGAUAAAUGCCAAAUGCAUAAAUGUAAAUUACACAGGACUUUAAAUAUUGAACUGCCGUAGUCACAUGGACAAUUUUAACUUUCUGCACUUUGAGUUUAUGUUGCGUUGCUGUCUAUUGGGGAGUCAGAAAGCUCUCGGAUCUAACCAUAACUAUCUUCAUUUGUGUUCCAAAGAUAAACGAAGAGAGAGUUAUUCAUGACAGAAUUUUCAUUCAGAGGUGAACAAUCCCUUUAACAUUUAAAACCUGAACAUUAUCGUUAUUACGUCAUUAUGAAGGCAGCCAUAUAGACCUCAAUAGCUUGAACAGAUGACUGAAAAUUAAGUUGCAGCAAGUGUCGUAAGAGAUUUGAUUUUGUCAAUUAGACAAGCUUUUCCUUCCAUCCCUGCAUACUGCAUAGAGUAAACCGCUUUAAAAUAGACACAUGCUUACCAGAGAUUGUGCUUCACUAAAUAUUUUGGGUUGGGUCUGUUUAACUUGUUAAAUUAAAGCACUUAAUGUUCAGAAAUGGCUCUGUCAUACCUGGUUCCAUUAAAAUCAGUAAAUUGGACAGCUUGUGAAGACUUCAUCUUUGGUGAUUUUGUUUACAAGUGAGACUUUGGAACGUUAUCAAUAGUAGUUUCAAACAUCAGGUCAAUAUUUUUUAAUAUAUUUCAUAGGUUUGAGUUUGGCUAUAGAUCAAUACGUAUAUGCCAUAGGUCAUUUUGGCACAAAAACAUCAUCAUACUGUGUACGUCUGUGUAAGCACUUACAGUAAGUGUUAACUGUAUACAUUCAAGCGGAAAAUUAACAAUUAAAUGCAAAACACGGUAAUAAUGUAUUUUUCCCCCCAUUUCUCCCUUGAAACCACAUUUUAGUGCCAUUACAAUAUUAUUUGUGGUUUGCAAAUGCUGCUAUACAUGUUGCAUUGACUCACGUGACCCAAUCUCACUUGAGAAACAAUUCCCACUUGCCUCUCCGCCCAAAGUUUUUGCCAUUCUGUGAAUGAAGUGGUUUGACAAUCUGGGACCAUGAAAUCGAGAGCGGAAGUGGCCAUACUGACCCUAAGACAGUUGCCAUAUCUUUUAAAACGCCAAAGAUUUUCUUUCAUUGAGUUGCGUAUUCCACUGACUGUGAAAGCUAUAUGUGUCUGAAGUACCACUCCAUAUUCCACCCGUUAAAAACAGUGUUGAUGAGUGUCCUAAUGUUUUUGGCCGUGCGCCACCAUUACAAGUGGAGUCUGCAUUUCGUGUGUUUCGUAAGCCGUAUACUUCGACAAAAAUGUGGGGGGAAAAGAAUUACAAACGAGGCCGAUCUCUCUCAGACUAUAAAUGUUUCUCUGUGUUGGACUCUGUAUUCUCUGUAGAUGUGUUUUCAUGCCAUGGUGUAAUAGUGUUUCCCAAUACCGGGUUUGUUUUUGGAUAUCAUGUCAUUUCACCUUAAGUAAUUCAAUUAUAUUUGUAAAAUGUGUAUUUUUCUCUGCAGUACUGUAUUUCCCUGAAUAGAUAUCCUUGUCAUAUUUUUAAUCAUCGAUUAUUAAAAAAAUAUUUUUAUAUAUGCUUUUGGGGAGGAAGACUUCAGAGCUCAUUCAAACUGAUUAUACCGUGUGCUGUUGCUUGUUUCCAUACCUUUGUUUUCAGUGUGUGCUCUGUUCUUGCCUGACAGGGCGAAUUUUUUAAGUGAGUGUGUGUUCUUUUGAAAAUUGACAUAUACGUGAUUGAGGUAUCAAGGCCUGAGAAUGUGUUUUAACACAACCAGGGUGAGGGCUGUCAGCGAUCCAGUAAAAUUAGUAAUAAGAAAGUUUGCUUUGCUUGAAAGCGCCAUACUUUUCUAUGUACCUUAUUUAUGAGAAGACAUGUCAAGCCUUCAAAUGGUUAUAUUUAAUUUUCAAAACCAAAUAUUUUAAGUUACGACUCCUCUAAACUGGUUGUUUGAGAUAAAGGGAAACAUUGAUGUUCUAGGAUGCUAUACGUCAAAUAAUCCAGUCAGCCAUGUUGAACUGUAAUGCUGUACAUUUCAGUCAAAUCAGUGUUUUUUUCGGAAACCUCCACGAGAAUUAAACCAUCACACCUUUUUAAGAGGUUUAGAAUUUACUGUUGAUGACCUGGUUGUUCGCCUUUGGUAGUUUCAUGAGAAGAAAGUGAGAUGAUGUCUGAAUUUUUCUGUUGCUUUUUGGCUUUUUUAUUUGUUCGAUUUGUACUGUCUCAUGUUGACCUGUAGUGGAUGUUUUAUUUGUUUCAGACAGAACAUUCUUACCUGAAAUAUUACACUUUUAACAUGCAGAAGAGCCUCAUUCAUUUACUGUCCUGAAUAUAACGGUUAUCAGUGGGUUGCAGUAUUUUCUCAUUGUAGCCAAUUUCUUGUACAGUUUUAUGCAAAUUUCACAUGGAUGUUUAUGACUAUCUGCUGCCACAAACGGUUUAGAACUUCUGUAGAUAGAAAUUACUGUGCAAUGGAAAAUAAAAACGAUUUAAAAUCUG